AGCGGCCGCACAGCGAAAUACCGCUAAAAGUCGCGAACAAAAGCAAAGCAAAAAAAAAACAAAAAUAUUAUAAAAUUAACGCUAUGUAAAACGGAGACGCGAACAAAGUUGGACAACUGCGGGCAACAGUGGUGUCCAUUGUCAUUGCACCGCUGCAAAUCGAACGAACAAAAGGGCAAACGCAUUGGCCAUGCCCACAACGCCGACGCUGACGCCGACGCCGACGCCCACGAGCGACGGCAGCGCCGUGCAGCGACGUCGACAGCUGCUGCGCAGCGUUGAGAGCUUGCGGCAACGCGUUCGUCAAGUUUUAAAUUGUGUUAUUAAUUUGCACAUUGAAUUUUUGGUGCUCGAGUCGAAUGUGGCCGCGCUGCUGGACGAGGUGAGGUCGAUAAACGACGACUACGCGGAGGUGCAUCGCCUGGACAGCCUGAUCGAGGCGCUGCGCAACUAUAACGGGCCCACCAUAUGCCACGAGUGGCCAUAUCCUCUCAUAUUCAAGGGCACAAUCGACGAGGCGCAUGUCGCACAAAUUCUCAACACAAGCGAAACUGUGCCGGAAUCACCCUGUGCCAAGGAUGAGCUGCUGCUGCUGCAGUCGGGCAUAAGUGCGAGCGAGAUGACUAGACCUUCAAAGCUGUGGCGGUUCAACAGAACUAGAUCCACGAAAGGAACGUGCGUUAGCUGAUCUACAGGUGUGUGUGUGUGUGUGUGUCUUUUUUAUAUAAAUAUAUGUAUAAGUAUCUGAUAUUGAAAUUCUAAUUUUAUGCUAUGUCAAGAAAAAACCAAAUAUAUUUAUAUU